UAAUACAAAACGGUGUAUUCAUUUAUAUAAUAAACGCGGUUUGUUCGCUGCCCUCGUCUCCCUCGCGCUCAUCUGCCUCUCGCGAACCUUUCUCUCUCGCGACCGAAAUCAUCGAGUUCGUGAACGAAUAGCUAGCUGGGAAGGCAACCAAGGGAUCGCGGCUUACAGAGCACCAAAACUCCAUCUUUCUCAUCCCUCCGCUCCGCUCCGACCAGAACCAAUCGAAGAAGGUUAAAUAAGUAUUUAUGUGCCACUAGCUCAACAACGGGAUGCUACCAUUUUCUAGAGAAAUCUUAGCUCGGAAGUUGUUCACUGCUCCUUCAUUGGAUUGUCAUCCUCUUCCAUGUCCAAGGGAAGCUCAUUUUUGGUAUGUAGUGCCCGAUGAAGUGAACUGUGAGUCCCUACUAAACCAAUAUUUAAAGAUCCUCUCUCCAUGUGAAAGACAAGCUGUUUUACGCAUAAAUGGAGCCAAACAACAGAAGGGUGCGCUAUUAGCGCGUACCCUGGUGCGCACCACCCUCUCAAGAUAUACGCAGAGUAAAAUAAAGCCUCAAUCACUAAGGUUCAGCAAGAAUACAUAUGGGAAGCCGCAGCUUGUCUGGCAAGACGAGGAUGGCUGGGUUCCACCUUGCUUGCAUUUCAAUAUUUCACAUACUUCCUCCUUAGUUGCAUGUGCUGUGACCGUUGACGUGCAGGUUGGCAUUGAUGUUGAAGAUAAACGACGUAGAUUGAGGAAUGAGCUCUUAUCUUUUGCUCGUAGAUUUUUCUCCCCAAAUGAAGUAGAAUUCUUGCAUGGCCUGACAGACCCUGUAACGCAGCAGCAAGAAUUUAUCAAACUGUGGACUCUAAAAGAAGCAUAUGUUAAAGCUCUUGGAAGGGGAUUCUCAGCUGCACCUUUCAGAAACUUUACAGUACGGCACCAGGCAUCCAAAAUUGCAGUUGAAGUUCACUCUGAUUCUGAAAACCUCACUGAAAAUUGGCAAUUUGCCCUUCUUGAAUCACCUCAUCAUUACGCUUCCAUUUGCACAGAAAAGAAGGGUGAAAAGGAAGGUGAUGGAAAUGAAUCAAUAAAGUUGAAAGUAUUGAAGACUAUUCCUUUUGUAGAAGAUGAGUGUAUUUUAGAAAAUGAUACAAUUGAGGUUGUCACUGGUGCCGUUUGGUCUCGGCUAUCCUGACGCUAUUUUUUCUCCAUAUUUUUACAGUUUCAAAUAAAUAAGAUAAAAUUUUUGAAAGUAUCCUUUCUCAGUUGUCAUAUAUGGGUUACUAAAGUGACGUUAGAAUGAUUAUAUAUGUCAUUUUGUUGUACUAGACUGAUAUAUAUUAGAAAAUUCAUAGAUUACCUUUCAAAAUCUUCAGUUGCAUCUGUCAACCAAACACGUAGCCGUUCCAAAGUUUUCCUCCUAAUAUUUUGUAUUUUAUAAAGCUGU